GGGAGUUUACACCGGCUUCUCUCUGUCCUCAGCCUGCGCGCCGCCAUCGCCGUCAUGCUGGGCGCCGCUCUCCGCCGCUGCGCUGUGGCCGCAGCCACCCGGGCCGGCCCUCGAGGCCGCCUGCACUCCACCCGGACUCCCGGCCCCGCCGCGGCUAUCCAGUCAGUUCGCUGCUAUUCCCAUGGGUCACAGGAGACAGAUGAGGAGUUUGAUGCUCGCUGGGUAACAUACUUCAACAAGCCAGAUAUAGAUGCCUGGGAAUUGCGUAAAGGGAUAAACACACUUGUUACCUAUGAUAUGGUUCCAGAGCCCAAAAUCAUUGAUGCUACUUUGCGGGCAUGCAGACGGUUAAAUGAUUUUGCUAGUACAGUUCGUAUCCUAGAGGCUGUUAAGGACAAAGCAGGACCUCAUAAGGAAAUCUACCCCUAUGUCAUCCAGGAACUUAGACCAACUUUAAAUGAACUGGGAAUCUCCACUCCGGAGGAACUGGGCCUUGACAAAGUGUAAACCCCAUGGAUGGGCUUCUCCAAGGAUUUAUUGACAUUGCUACUUGAGUGUGAACAGUUACCUGGAAAUACUGAUGAUAACAUAUUACCUUAUUUGAACACGUUUUCCUUUAUUGAGUACCAAGCCAUGUAAUGGUAACUUGGACUUUAAUAAAAGGGAAAUGAGUUUGAACUGAAAAAAAAAAAAAAAAA